ACAGCAACAGCAACAGCCAUCAGCAACAUAUUGAGCUUCUUUUGAAAUUUCUUAGCAUUUCUUCGAAGCUAACGAACCAUUUUUAACACAGUGUGGAUUAUUUCUAAUGCCAAUUUUUGUUGUGAAUUAUAAAUGAACCGAAAGUUUAAAAAGCAACAUUUAAUAUCAAAUCAAAUUUUGUGCGUGGAAAAAAAAUAUAUAAAAAAAAAUAUAUUAAAGGAUCAAAAUAUAUUGUGCUAAAAAGCAAAGGACUGCUAAACGUGUGGACGAAAAAAAAUCAAAGUGCAAAUACAGGAAUUUCAAAGAAUUCCAAACGAUAAUAAUAAUCUUUCAUUUGUGCGGUUACUUAAGUGAAAAAGUAACCAAGAUGACAAGAAAACGUUCGAGUCCAUUGGGACUCGAGGAGUUAGUGUCUCUGACACUAGUCCUGAUGGCCAUGAUACUGAUGCCAAUAACACAAGCUGCACCGUUGCAGGAAUACACAGAGAUCCAACAGUAUUCGGAAGGCUGCUACUAUAACUAUGCCCACUAUAACGAGGGCGAUCGCAUCAUGACCAAUGAGCCGUGUCUUAACUGCACCUGCCACAAUCGUAUGCUCAUGUGCUAUCUCCGCGUCUGCCCGUUCACAAAACCGAUUGGGCACGAUUGCAUUGUUGAGAAACGGGAGGACCAAUGUUGCCCCAUUAUAACUUGUCCAGAGGUUCCUGUUGAUGUACCUUAUCAUGUGCCCGAACCGGGUACUGAAUUGAGCAUACCCGAGAAAUUUGGUUGCAGUAUUGAGGAGAAAUUCUAUCCAGAAGGCGCCCAAGUCCCAUCGAAUCCAAAUAAACCAUGUGAGCUAUGCUAUUGCAUUAAUAAUCAGACGAAAUGUGUCAUGCAAGAGUGCACACUGCAUGUGGAGGGCUGCACACCCAUCUACAAUAAGGGCUCUUGUUGUCCAGUGCGUUAUAGCUGCGAUCACGAAAACGAUGUACUGGAACUGGAGGAUCAUUCCACCACAACGACUACUGUGCGUCCUACACCUGGUUUUAUACUAACAUCGACCAUGACGCCUGCCGUCUCCACCGAUUGUGUACACAAUGGUGAUGUCUUUGCCGAUGGAGCUUCGAUUAAGGGCAAAAACCCAUGCGAGCAUUGCUAUUGCAUGCGUGGCGAUAUUGUUUGUGCCGUCCAGCAAUGUGAAAUGCCCAUGGUGGCCUCAUUCGGCAAGUCCUGCAAGGCUAUGCCAGCAGCCGAAGGCGAGUGCUGUCCAAGCAAUUAUAUUUGUGAGGAUGACAGUGCAACUACAGAAAUCAUUGCGGUUACUUUCGUGCCAAAGGAUACUGAGGAGGAUGAGGCUGAAAUCACAACUUCAGCUCCUGCUAAGGACAUACACGGUGAGAUACCCAAGGAGGAUCUUGAUCUGCAAGAACACAUCGAUGACGAAGAAAAGGAGAAAGAUAAGGAAAGCGCCACUGACAUACCAUCUGAGGAUUUGGGUAGCGGUGAAGCUGAAGAGGAUAAUGAUACUACCACAUCCACCAGCACAACAACAAGCGCUCCAAUUCGGGCAACCGAUGAGAAGGACUUCACCUUUGAACCAGAGUCUUCAACUGUUGUCGCUAAUAGCAGAAUUGAUGUUCCAAGCUCAACCGAAAAGGCGCCUUCAGUACCAGUUGAAGAUGCCAGCGGAGAAGGAGAAACUGAAGAGGAAGAUAUGGUCAAGACAACACCACCUGCUGAAUCAAGUGAGAAGGAAGAUGAGUCCCAACCAUCUAAGGCUGAUGAAGUUGGUAGUGGCGAGAAGGAAAUUGUUCCACCCACAACACCUGCUUCCACAGAAAAGGUUAGUUCUGACGAGGAAUUGGUUAAACCCACAACAUCAGCAUCCGUUGAGGAAGGAAGUGGUGAAGACGACGAAGAAGCCAGUGGUGAAAAGAAACCAGACGAAACCGUCAAGGCUACAACUCCCUCUGUCGCACAAGAUGAAACGGUCAAGGAAACAACUUCCUCUGCUGAGGAGGAUGAUAUCGUCAAGGAAACAACACCUGAAACAGAACAGUCUAGUAGUGAAGCUGAAGAAGACGAAAUUAAGACAUCAACACCCGCUGGUGAUAGCAAAAAGGACCUGGCUAAACCUACAAUUGCCUCAGAUCUGGGUAGCGGUGAACGUGAAGAUGAAAUUGUUACAACUGCAUCGCCCAUAUUUGCAGAUGAGGAAGUUGUUAAGGAAACUACUCCUGCCGGCCAAGUGUCCGAUUCAAGCGAAGAUGACAUUGCCAAGCCUACAACUCCAGCUACUAGCAGUGACGAAGAUGAGUCUGCUAAGCCAACCACACCGAAAUCUGUGGAGCAACAAACAGACAAAAUUGAGAGUACAACUGACUUGUCCGCAGAACAGGAAGAUGAAGAUGACACAAAGGAUAAGGAAGAAGACUCAACAACUAUUGGCUCUCCGGUCGCCUCAUCUACCGAAGGUAUUAGCACCGAAGAAGUUCCCAAAAAAGAUGAACCUGUCACAGGAAGCACUACAAGUGCACCGGUCUAUGCUGAUGAUAAAGAAACAGCGACAUUGCCCACCGAGACUGACAAACAGGAAACCGAUAAAGAAUCAUCCCAUGAAGAGGAACAAACUGAAGCACCUAAGGAUACUGAGGAAUCCACAGAGCGUUUGCCUGAAAGUGACGAUUCUUUGGCGACAUCAACUGAGAAACCUAAGGAUGGCACAUCAACAACUUCAGCAGAGAAAGAAGAUGAAGAAAUUGUACCAUCCACAGAUGCACCACUCGACAAACACGAGCAACCCACUGUGGAAGAAGAAGAAAGCACACAACAAAUUCCCACUAAAUCCGAGAUUGCGCCAUCGGUCCUUGAAACUGAAGACACCACUGCAGUUCCAGAGCAAGAUGAGGCUGUCUCAACCGAUAAACCAAAGGGAGUUUAUCUACCACCUGCUGGUGAGUCAGAUUCAACUGAAGUCCCAGAGGCUGUUCCUAGCACCGAUGCUCCUAAGCUUGAUACUGAGGAGGCCAGUACAGAGGCAUCAGCUGAAGAAAUCCCAUCGAAACCGUCAAAGACUACCACCAGCGAUGUGGAGGGCGAACCAAGUAGUACUGCUCAGCCAACCGUUGCUUCAAUCGACAACCGUGAUGACUUUGUGCCUGAGAAAACUACUGUGGAGCCAAGCACUGAAGAAGAAAGUUCAUCCGAAGAACUUCCUGACAUGCACCUACCUGCUGUCAUACCCGGAGAAGGUGACUGUUUGGUUGAAGGUAAAACGUAUGCCAAUAACACAAGCGUACCCACAACAACACCCUGUGAUGUGUCCUGCAAGUGCGUCAGCAGCAUUGUUUCUUGCCAGCCAAUGGAAUGCAAAAUUCCCGAAAACAGAGAGAAGUGCAUCCUGGCUACUGACCUUCUUGAUGGUUGCUGCCCAACUUACAUUUGCGAGGAUGAGAAGGAGGAAGCCACAACUGCUAAGCCUAUCGAUGACACUGAAUUGGAUAUUAGCACAGAAGAAAUUCCCAAGGAUGUUAUUAUGCCUUCUGGCAUAACUGAGAAACCAAUGUCUCAUGUCAAGCCCGAUGAGGAAGUACCAGAAGCAACCACAGUUGCUGUAGACGAAAAACCAUCUGAUGAGAAGCCAGAAGAUAAGAAAACAAUUAAACCAGAUAUUCAACAGAAGGUUCAUAAGCCUGUUGAAACGAAGCCUGAGCACAAACCUGAGGCGGAUGGAGAAACUGAAGAGCCAACUAUUGAUGAAGUUACCAAAAAGACUCCAGAAGAGCCUUCUGCUCAGACUCCACCUCCAUCCACAGAUCAAAAGCCAACUGAAGAGGAGGCGCCGAAGAAAGAAGAGGAAACAAUUGCACCAACUACCGUUAGCCCCGUAUCUGAGGAAGAUAAAACAGAGUCUGCCACAGAUAAGCUUGACGAAAAACCAGAAGGAGAAGUUCCAAUUGAUGAAAAGAUUCCAGAGCCAUCUACCAGCGAACCAAUUGAAUCUCAAGAUUCGGACAAACCCACGACAAUCGCUCCAUCGACAUCUGAAGAGAUACCAAAGGCUACAACGCUUUCACCUGAAAUUGAAGAUGAUGACAGCGCCAAGAAAUCUAAGCCCCUUCCACCAUUGCCUACUACGGCUGCUCCUGCUAAAUCAGAGGAUGAUAGUACGAAACCCAUUGAAGAAGAAUCCGCUACUGAAACUGGUAUCGAAGAGAAACCAUCCGAGAAAGAGCCGUCUAGAACAACUGUAUCACCUCCUGAAGAAGGUAAAGAAAAACCUGUCGAAACAUCGACCCCGUUGCCUGCAGAGUCCGAUAAUGAAAUCAACGAUGAUGAAGGCGAUACAGUGGGCGCUACGGCUGUUCCUGUACCUUCUACUGAUAAGACUUCCACUGAUGCACCAUCGUCUGAAGCAGAAGAAUCUGCUGAGGUUACCAAUGUACCACAAGCAGCAGACAAAGAUGUAUCGCCAACCACUGCUUCCUCAAUCUCAGAAGAAAGCUCACCGGCAGCCUCUGCUGAAAACGAAGUCGAACCAGAAACAGAGCGGGCAACAACCGUUUCUCCAGCUCAUGUUGACAAGUAUGUUCCAUCAACUGAUGAACGCAAAGAAUACCCAGACAAGGAAUUGGACGCCACAACAUCUGCUCCAGUUUCGGACGAAAUCGCCACUAAGAAACCUUAUGACGAGGAAGCUCCGACAUCUACUGAAGAAAGUGAAAAGGACAAGGAUGAUAAAUUGGACGUCACUCCUGGCUUGCCUUCUGAAGAAGAAGAUGAGAUAUCCUCAACGGAAGAAAUUUCUGCAGAGAAACCUGACAAGAGGACACAUGUACCAUCUAAACCAACAGAAGAAGAUGCUUUGGACAUCACAACUGCAUCGCCAUCUGUUGAUAUUAAAAUUCCCGAACUUCCUGUCUUUGAGGAAAUUAUACCUUCUUCAACUGAGCAAGAAACUAAGCCUGAGAUUGAAACAACUAGAGCUCCAAUUGACAAAAAACCAGAAUCUACUUCAGGACCAGCACAAGAUGACAAAAUGGAUGUUUCUACGGAUAUUCCAACCAUUGUCGAUAAGCUAUCUGAAGAUUCGGACAAGACUCCUGAAGAAAAGGUUGAAGCCACAACGGUAUCCCCAAUAUAUGAAGAGAAACCAUCUAAGGUGCCAGAUGAUUUUGCUGAAGAUUCUGACAAGCCUACAACUACAUCUCCUGUUUCUGAAGAAGAUACUUCGAAGCCAACGGAUGAAAAGGCGUCAUCUGAAGAAAAGGAAGAAAGCUCAGAAGAAGCCUCGACAACCAUUACACCUCACGAUAGUAAGAUAUUUGUUCCAUUACCCACAACUGCAUCUCCAGAGGAUAAACCUGCAUCAGAGAUUGAUACUGAAGAGAAACCAGGCAAGCAAGAUGAAGCCACAACUGUGCCAUCUACUUCAGAAGAAGAGGGUGAAGAUUCUUCAUCAACGUCUCGUGCUCCAGCAGCUGAUGAGAAAGACGAAAAAGUACAACCCACAGUUGCAACCCUUCCAGAAUCGGAAGAGAAACCAUAUGAGAAGGAACCCUCUAAGGAAGAACCAGAAUCCGCUACUGUCCUGCCUGCUGAAGAUGACAAGAAGACAGUUGAAGUUGAAGAAGCUACAACUAUUCCAUCCACUGAAGAAUCUGACACGAAACCUGAAGAAGACAAAAAACCGUUUGAGAAAGAGCCCUCUAAGGAAGAACACGAAGCGACAACGGUUCCAUCCGCUGAGGAGUCUGACGAAGAGCGCGACGAUGACAUGCAGACAGCUGAAAAGGAGCCUUCUAAGGAUGAACAAGAAGUUACAACUGUUAGUCCCGCAGAAAGUGACAAGGAGCCAUCCGAUGACAAGAAGUCAGUUGAGCCAGAGAUUUCCAAAGGAGAGCAAGAAGCAACAACAGCUAUCCCAGCUGAAGAGAGUGAAGAGAAGCCAGCUGGUGAUAAGAAACCAGUUGAAAAAGAGCCAUCCAAGGAAGAAGCUGAAGCAACAACUGUAUCAUCAGCUGAAGAAUCUGACGAAGAACAUGACGAUGACAAGAAGACUGUCGAAAAGGAGCCUGCCAAGGAAGAGCAAGAAGCAACAACUGUUCCAUCACCUGAAGAAUCUGACGAAGAACGCGACGAUGACAAGAAGACCGUUGAAAAGGAGCCUUCUAAGGAUGAACAAGAAGCAACAACUGUUAGUCCCGCAGAAGAAAGUGACAAGGAGCCAUCCGAUGACAAGAAACCAGUUCAGCCAGAGAUUUCCAAAGGAGAGCAAGAAGCAACAACAACGAUCCCAGAUGAAGAGAGUGAAGCUGGUGAUAAAAAACCAGUUGACCAGGAGACACCCAAAGAGGAGCAUGAAGCAACAACUGUUCCAUCAGCUGAAGAAUCUGACGAAGAACGCGACGAUGACAAGAAGACUGUCGAAAAGGAGCCUGCCAAGGAAGAGCAAGAAGCAACAACUGUUCGAUCACCUGAAGAAUCUGACGAAGAACGCGACGAUGACAAGAAGACCGUUGAAAAGGAGCCUUCUAAGGAUGAACAAGAAGCAACAACUGUUAGUACCGCAGAGGAAAGUGACAAGGAGCCAUCCGAUGACAAGAAAUCAGUUCAGCCAGAGAUUUCCAAAGGAGAACAAGAAGCAACAACAGCGAUCCCAGCUGAAGAGAGUGAAGAGAAGCCAGCUGGUGAUAAGAAACCAGUUAAAAAAGAGCCAUCCAAGGAAGAACAAGAAGCAACAACUGUUUCUCCAGCUGAAGAAUCUGAUGAGGAACGCGAUGAUGACACAAAGACUAAUGAAAAGAAGCCUUCCGAGCAAGAACCUGAAGCAACAACUGUUCCAUCGACUGAGGAGUCUGACAAGAAGCCAACUGAUGAUAAGAAGACCUCUGAAAAGGAACCAUCCAAAGAUGAACAGGAACCAACAACUGUACAACCAGGACAAGAAGUUCACCAUGUGCCUUCGGACGAAAAAGAACCCUCUGAAGAAGGACAAGAACAAGAAACAACUUCUGCACCCAGUCCAUCUGUACCAAUCGCUAGUGAUGAUGAUGAUUCUGAUUCUGAUGAUCAGAAGCCCACAACAGUGUCACCCAUUGAUGACAAGAAAGAAGCUGGUGUCACAGAAUCAAGCACCUCAGCAGCUCCCUCAGAGAAGGAUGAAGAAAGCAAAGAUGGUGCGCCCAUUGUUCCUACAACUGAGUCACCUGUCGCCAUUGAAACUGGCUCCACUGUUGCUCCAUUUGAUACUCCAUCUGCUGAAGAAUUCGACAAGAAGCCAAUGGAUGACGUCAUGUCACAGACUGUGGCUCCUCACUCUGGAGAGGAAGAAUAUCCUACUGUUCAGCCUGAGGCUGCCACAAGUUCUUCCGAAGACUCUGAAAAGACUCCAGUCACAGUGGCUCCUGUUGAUGAUGCCAUUAAAGUAACAAGCAAACCUAGUCAACAACCUCAACCAUCAGAAGAUGUGGGCGAAGAGAGUACCGAAUCAGGCGAUGUUGAAUCUGAAGACACAACUGAGAAGGCUCCAGGCGGAAAACACAGGCCUCCAGUCCAAGAGCAAACCACAGACAAAAUUCCAGAAGCUCCAGUCAAGGCAGAUGAGUUCGAGUCAUCAACAGCUAGCCCCGCAUCCGAGUUUGAAAAGUCAACCGAAAUACCCGAAACGGAAAUUCACACCAUCAAGCCAUCACACAAGGAGGAUAAGACCACCGAAGCUUCAGUUGGAGUUCAGCCUAGCCUUGACUCCACCGAAGACGGGGGUGAAUCGGUCGAAUCCGAAGAGGAAAAGGUUCCAGCCACUGAACCCACACACAAGGAUGAAGAUAGCGACGAUUCUGCAGAAUCUGAAGAGCCAGUCACCGAAACCGGUGAGAAGAAACCCGAAGAUCAUGAGCCUGAAGUGCCCGCUGUGGUUUCCGAGAUUCCUCAGACUACAGCAGCGCCCGCAGCCCAUGAUGAAACAUCUGCCGAAACCUCAAGUGAAGAAGUUGCCACAGAACAUGUCGAAACGCCUCUUGUUUCGACAGUGCAUCCACUGUUCCAAUUGCCCAGUACCACAAAGAUCCCAGCCAUUGACGAUAGAGUCGGUGAAGAAGGCGAAACUGAGACCGCUCCUACCAAGCAGAUCACAGAAGAGCCAACAACCGCAUCGACUACAAGCACCACAACAGAGGAACCACACAGUACCACGACUGCAACGUCUAGUCCACACCACGAGCCCAUUACGCCACCAAGCUAUGGAAAUCCACCACAAUACGAGGACGAAUAUGAUGAAGAAGAAGUAUUCGGUCCAGGCACCUGCCGAUAUGCUGGCAAACUUUACGUGUCCGCCCAGCAAAUACCACGCGACGAUCCCUGCGACUUCUGUUUCUGCUUCAGAAGUGAUAUCAUCUGCCUGCAACAAUCUUGCCCACCUCCAAUUGCCGGCUGUCACGAAGAACCAAUCUCUGGAUUCUGCUGUCCUCGCUACGAAUGUCCCGUUUCGAUGGCGGCUGUGCUCAACAUAACGACGAGCACGACAACCACAAGCACCACACUGCCCCCGCAUUUCCUGAACUACUCCCACGGUGAUGCUGUGAAGCACACCGGUUGCCUCAUCAACGGCCGUUCCUACAGGGUGGGCGAGCCCAUCGAGUCGACGAGUGGUCCCUGCAUCAGCUGCACUUGCGGCGGCGAUGGCAAGAUGAAGUGCGACCCACAACAAUGUGUCCCUGAGCCAACAAUGCAGCAAGUGAUGGCAGCCGUGGCAUCGGGACGCAAAAGAUGAACCACCAGCCAUGCUCACUAAAUAUAAUUUUAACUAAUUUUUAAGCCCUGCAGACAAACAAUCACAAACCAACCCAAUAUAAUGCACACACACAAAAAGACCCCCCUCAAAAAAAAAACCAGGCAAUAGAAAACCGAUUUAGAACCAGAACAGAAGAUACAGAAUAACUUAGGUGCCAAAACUAAUGGAAUAAUGGGAAAAAAAAAAUAUCGCAUGACCCCCUUCGUCGAUAUCAUCCGCACUCGUUCAAUUGAGUUACGCCAAUUUGUUUCGGAUUAGGUUACGUUGACGAAGCAACCAGUGAUAUUGUACUGUAUACUUAGUAUAGGUGCAAUUAAUUUAGAAUGCGCUCACUAACAUAACAAA